AUGGACGAUGGUGAAGAUGGUGAAGACUACGGUCCGAUAGGAGUACUGCCGUCAGUGCAGUCUGUACAGGAACGCAUCAAUAGUAGAUAUGACGAAUUAAUUCAUGUGGAUGCAAAAGGAAAAUAUGUUCCUUACGUGUGCCUGGUUUGUGACGAGUUCAUCAUGCAUCGCGAUGAGUUACUGUGGUAUCGCCUAACUGAUCUUUUCAAGUGCAAACAUGUGUUAGAGUGGAAUGCUGUUAUGCAUGAGCAUGAACGUAUUCCGGCUGUUGAAGAGAACUUCCGAUUUGUGGAUCAUGACGAUGCAGUGAAGGACCCUUCAUGGCUGCAUAGAAUGGGCCUUUCUCCCCGAGGUAUUGUAAAAAAGGGCAAUAGACCCAAUGCUAGUGGUGUUUUCAGCUGCUGCGAACGAUGUUCUUCUGCCUUGAAUAAGAAGCGAACCCCGCAUUUCGCUAUAGUGAACCGUAACCACAUUGGGAGUGCACCAGCUUGUUUGAAGGAACUCACACCUGUUGAAUUGGCUAUGAUAACGCCGGUUGAAGGAUACGGGUACUGUUUUACAUUCUCUGGUGGUGCACAACGAAACUUGAAAGGAACAAUGACAUUCAUGCGUGUACAACCCAGACAGGUAGCACGCGCCGCAAUGCAUUUGGAGGGCAUGGGCUUGAAAAAUCAUAUCGUUGUUCUAUUAUCUGGUCCCAUGACAUCAUCGCAGCGUACUCGCACGAAACAAGAAAUCAGAACCAACCGAAUCCUUGAAGCGGUGGAAUGGCUGUGUUCGAAUAACAAGAAAUGGAAAGAAGAAUUUCGAAACGAACUGAAGGAUAGUUAG